UGCACACCUGAUGUUGGCCAAUGAGCAGUCGACCUCAUUUUCCUUCGGACUUCGGACAGAGGCAGUCAUGGCACCACCUGUGAGGUAUUGCAUCCCCGGCGAACGUCUGUGUAAUUUGGAGGAGGGGAGCCCCGGCAGCGGCACCUACACCCGGCACGGCUACAUCUUUUCGUCGCUUGCUGGCUGCCUGACGAAGAGCAGCGAGAACGGCGCGCUUCCUGUCAUAUCUGUGAUGAGAGAAACGGAUUCCCAAUUAUUGCCAGAUGUGGGAGCUAUUGUGACCUGUAAGGUCUCUAGCAUCAAUUCACGCUUUGCCAAAGUACACAUUCUGUAUGUGGGGUCCACACCACUUAAGAACUCUUUUCGAGGAACUAUCCGGAAAGAAGAUGUCCGAGCUACUGAAAAAGACAAGGUUGAAAUUUAUAAGAGUUUCCGCCCAGGGGACAUCGUAUUGGCCAAAGUCAUCUCUCUAGGUGACGCGCAGUCCCACUACCUCCUGACGACUGCCGAAAACGAGCUGGGAGUGGUGGUAGCCCACAGUGAAUCAGGUGUCCAGAUGGUUCCCAUCAGCUGGUGUGAGAUGCAGUGCCCAAAGACCCACACUAAAGAAUUCCGGAAAGUGGCACGAGUACAACCCGAAUUCUUGCAGACCUAAGAAGCCACACUUUACCCCAAAGAGGGGGUAAGCUGUUUCCAAGACUACAUGUAUGAACGUGACAGCAGGAUGCUGUGGUCUUUAUUCAGGCACCUGGGUUUGGCCAGCAGCCACCUCUAGAUAAAUCUGCCAGAAACUUACUCUGUAGCCGGAACAUUUUUCUUGUGAACCUUUAAGCAGACUUCAUUCUCUCAAGUGUUACAUUUCUCUUCUGGAGGCACCAGCAAACAAACUGUGUGAUGUUGAAAAUAGCCUAUUCUUUCUGACAGUCUUAUAAAUAUGUAUUUUUUGCUGUGACAAAGAAAACAUUUUUACGUAAAGGAUUUUAUGGUUUCUGUUGUCUUGAGUAGGGAAAGGAUUCUAAACAGUGUCAUGACAUGUAGAGCAGGGUCUUGCCUGGUGGUCCCAUUAACUGAUAAGUGUUAUGUGCCUUCUUGCUCUAGAAGAUGCCUGAUCACCAGUCUUUUUUGUAUUUUUUAUGUUCUCCAUACUUUUGCUUAUUGAGUACUGGCUGUGUCCUGGGCACUAGGUCAGACACUUUAUCUGCAUUCCCGCAUUUAGAGAGAUGAUGGUUCGGUGAAAAUUAUGGGCACAUGCGGGUGCUUUAGGUAGAUGUGAGUAAUUCUGAAAGUAAUUUGGUAAAUAGAGUAUUAUUGAUAAUAGUGGAUAAUCUAGGAAAUGACUGUUAAAUCUUAAUGGAGAAGAGGGACGGAGCAAUAUCAUGUCAAGUGGCUGGGAAAGGAUUUGUGACAUGGAGUAAAAGGGAUUAAAGAACUAAGAUAAGUGAAGUGAUAUCAAAGCAGAGAGAGAAGCCUAAGCAAAGCGGAGGUGGAAAUGAGCACAGAAGUUUGUGGACAAGAAAAGGGUGAGCUGCAGCACGGAGAGGUUGCAGGGAGAAUGAAGGGAAAGGUGAAACGGAGUUCCCUUUGUGGCUCAGUGCUUGAUGAACCCGGGUCACGCUUAGUGGGUUAAGGAUCCCUAGUUGCCAUGAACUGUGGUGGUCACAGAUGCCACUCAGAUCCCGAGUUGCUGUGGCUGUGGUGUAGGCCAGCAGCUGUAGCUCUGAUUGGACCCCUGGCCUAGAAACUUCCAUAUUGCAGGGGGUAUGGCUCUAAAAAAGCAAACAAAAAAAGAAAGAAAAAAAAGAAAGGUGAAUUGUGAGAUGUCACUUCUUGAGAUGUGAGAGCCCUUAUCUUCUGUGUGUGAUGAGAAUGGAAUGAGCUUUGGAGUCAACCUGCCUGGAUUGGUAUCCUCUAGCUGCCAGCCUUGAGCCAGGUUAUAGAUUCUUUGGGGUUUUUUAACUGAAAAUUUUAUUGACAAUAUUUGUAAGUCCACAUGCAGUUUUAAGAAAUAAUACAGAGGUCCCAGUUUCCCCCAAGAUGACAUUUUGCAAAAUAUUAAUGUAUUGUACUAGAACAAUCAGGAUGUAGACACUGAUACUUGAACAGAUGAUUUUUACUUCUUUGUUUCUCAUCUGGAAUUAUGACCUCAUAGGAUUGUGAGGAAGACAUGUAUAAAAGUGCAUUGUACUCGCCAAUAUUAUUAUUCUAUAUUUCAUUGCCUUCUAUCAAGUAUCUACUAAGUGCUAGGACUUACCUAGAUCCUUCAAUGUCGUUUAUAUGUCUCUUGUUGAUAGCUAUUUUGAAACCUUAUAGAUUUUUCUUCUACAGACAAUGCUAUGGAGAAAAUCUUUACACCAUAUAUAUUUGUGCAUGCCUGUGAUGCUUUUGCAAAACAAUUCUUAGCAGUGGAAUGCUGAGUAAAAGAAUAUGCACAUUUGGAGUUCCUGGCAGCCUAACAGUUGAGGUUCUGGCUUUGUCACUGCUGUGACUCAGGUUCAGUCCCUGGCCCAGGAACUUCCACAUGCCACGAGUGUGGCCAAAAAGAAAAAAGAAUAAAAAUAAGUAA